AAAAGAAUCUAAUUCAGGCUCGUUUGGUCAGGAGCCGGAGUGGGUUGAGAGCGGACCAGGAUUCUAAAUCCGACGCCGAGUCGAUUUUUGGAAUUCACACUCAAACUGAUGAAAAUAUAUAUGUGAAAACAUUUGUUACCAAACAAACCCUUAAACAUCAUCGAUUUUGAGAGAGAGAGCGAGAGCCGAGAAGGAGAAAGGUAAAACAGGCAGCACCUGAACCCGUGUUCCGACCGACACCCUAAGCCCAAAAAUUAACAAAAUCUAAACGCUCCCUUGUAUCCCCAUUGCUUACUCCAAUUCAUUUCCUCUCUCACUUUUGCAUCCUUAUUCCUUCACUGAAAUUUCCCUCCCUGGAUUGGAGCCGAGCCGAUUGUGCCCUUUCACUUUCACUCAGUAUUGAGUUAUUGUUCAACGUGGUUCAUAAAGAGAUGGAAGAAAAGCUAGAGGAAGUAGAAGAUGCUAAGAGUAUUUCUAGUGAUUCUUUUAUUGACGACUCAGAAGGUGAUGAACCAUCAACAUCUGGAAAAGAAGAAGGAUUGCAUUUUGAGGAAUCUUUGACCGAGGAAGAAAUAGAAGAGCUAAUUGCUGAGUUCGUAGAAGUUGAGAGUAAGGCUGCAGAGGCUCAAGAAGCACUUGAAAAGGAGUCUCUUGCCAAAGUGGAGAGUGAAGUUAGAGAGGAGUUGGCACAAACUCUCAAUGGGGACGAGUUGGAAACGGCUGUUGCAAAUGAAAUGACAACUCUCAUAGAAGAGUGGGAAGCCGUGCUUGAUGAGCUUGAGACUGAGGGUGCUCAUUUAUUGGAACAACUUGAUGGAGCUGGUAUUGAGCUACCAAGUUUAUAUAAGUGGAUUGAAAGUCAGGCUCCUAAUGGUUGCUGUACUGAAGCUUGGAAAAAGAGGGUACACUGGGUAGGAUCUCAGGUAACCGGUGAAUUUACCGAGUCAAUAGCUGAUAGUGAGAAGUUUCUUCAAAUCCACAGGCCUGUAAGAAGACGACAUGGUAAAUUAUUGGAGGAGGGUGCAAGUGGAUUUCUACAGAAAAAACUAGCUAAUGAUGGAAGCAAGGAUGGUGUGACAGAAAAUCCAGGGGUUGAUUGGAGCUCUCUCAACAAAAUAUUUUCUGAUGGUGUAUCUGAUCAUGAUACUUCAUUUGGCGGCAAGCAUUGGGCCUCCGUUUACUUGGCCAGUACUCCCCAGCAAGCGGCAGCGAUGGGACUUGACUUUUCUGGAGUCAAUGAGGUGGAGGAGAUUGAUGAUAUUGAUGGCAAUUCUAAUGAUCCAUUUGUUGCAGCUGCAAUUGCAAAUGAAAAAGAACUGCAUCUUUCUGAAGAACAAAAGAAGAAUUUUAGAAAGGUUAAAGAAGAAGAAGAUGCAAAUAUUGAUCGUAAACUGCAAAUUCAUCUGAAACGGAGAAGACGUAGGAAGAGAUGUAAACAGAACAUCAAUGUGGAAGAUGUUUUUCCAGCAUCCUGGGUUGGCAAUUCUAAUCCCAUAUCAAAUGAGAAAACUUGUGAAGAUGGGAAUGGUGUGCCUAAUAAUCAUAAUGACUUUGCAUGCCAGAAUGUGCUGACUGAUGUGUUUGAUCAUUCUGAAGCUUCUAAUGAUGUUGAUGACAAUGUACCAAUAUGUAAUGUGGCUUCCUUAACUUCUGAGUCUGUUUUGCCUGAUUAUACCGAACCCAGAGGUUCUAAGCGUCCAAAUGAGAAUCAGGAGCUAAAAGUUGAUUUCAAGAAGAGUCGGACCGUUAUCAUAGAGAGUGAAGAUGAAACUAAUUCUUUGAAGGAUAAUUCACCUUGCAAUGUGGCUAAUGUGGACCCUCAAACCGAGUCUAAGGAGAAUAUUUGUGACUCUGGCGUCAAUUCUCUUCCUUUGCAGAGUCCAAAUGAGAAGUUUUACUGUACUGCUUGCAGUAAAGUAGUUGCUGAAGUGCACCAACAUCCGCUUCUGAAAGUAAUUGUUUGCCGGGAUUGCAAAUGCUUAAUGGAAGAAAAGAUGCAGGUGAAGGACCCUGAUUGCACCGAGUGUUACUGUGGAUGGUGUGGAGGUACAAGUGACUUGGUAAGAUGCAAAUCAUGCAAGACAUUGUUCUGUACCAGUUGUGUAAAGAGGAAUAUUGGUAUGGAUUGCUUGUCUGAGAUUCAGACAUCAGGCUGGAAAUGUUGUUCCUGCCGUCCAAGUCUACUCCACAGAUUAUCAUUGCAGUUAGAGAAAGCCAUGGGAUCUGUAGAUUUUAUAGUUUCUAGCUCUGAUAGUGGUUCUGAUGAUUCUGAUGGAGGUGUGAACAUUGCAUUCAGCACUAGGAGAAGGCAAAAAAAGAAAAUUAGGAGGAUCCUUGAUGAUGCUGAGUUAGGAGAAGAGACAAGAAGAAAAAUUGCAAUUGAAAAGGAACGCCAAGAACGAUUGAAAUCUUUGCAAGAACAGUUUUCUGCCAAAUCUAAGAUGAUGAGCUCUGCAGGCUGUAAUGGGAAUUUAUCUGAAGGCGUGAGUGUUGAAGUUCUUGGUGAUGCUUCAACAGGUUACAUAGUGAAUGUUGUGAGGGAGAAAGGGGAAGAGGCUGUGAGGAUUCCUCCAAGCAUCUCGGCUAAAUUGAAGGCCCAUCAGGUUUCUGGGAUAAGGUUCAUGUGGGAAAAUAUCAUAGAGUCCAUCAGAAAAGUGAAGUCUGGGGAUAAAGGUCUUGGUUGCAUUCUAGCCCACACCAUGGGCCUUGGUAAAACUUUUCAGGUCAUAGCUUUCUUGUACACUGCUUUGAGAAGUGCUGACCUUGGAUUAAGAACUGCACUCAUUGUUACUCCUGUUAAUGUGCUACAUAAUUGGCGGCAAGAGUUCAUGAAGUGGAGGCCUUCAGAGUUAAAACCUCUACGUGUCUUCAUGCUUGAAGAUGUAUCAAGGGAAAGAAGAGUGGAAUUAUUUGCAAAGUGGAGAGCAAAGGGUGGUGUCUUCUUGAUUGGCUAUACAGCCUUUCGGAACUUAUCCCUUGGAAAGAAUAUGAAGGAUCGGCACAUGGCUAGAGAAAUUUGUUAUGCCUUGCAGGAUGGACCGGAUAUUCUUGUUUGUGAUGAAGCCCAUAUUAUUAAGAAUACUAGGGCUGAUACAACCCAAGCCUUGAAACAAGUGAAAUGCCAGAGAAGAAUUGCUUUAACUGGAUCACCUCUUCAGAACAAUCUCAUGGAAUAUUAUUGUAUGGUUGAUUUUGUAAGAGAGGGUUUUCUUGGAAGCAGCCAUGAGUUUAGGAACCGCUUCCAAAAUCCUAUAGAGAAUGGUCAGCAUACUAAUUCUACUCUUGAUGAUGUGAAAAUUAUGAACCAAAGGUCUCAUAUACUCUAUGAACAGUUGAAAGGAUUUCUCCAGAGAAUGGACAUGAAUGUGGUGAAGGAUGACCUACCACCUAAAACUGUCUUUGUAAUUGCUGUAAAGCUUUCUCCUAUACAAGUGAAACUAUAUAAGAGAUUCCUUGAUGUGCAUGGAUUCACUAAGGACAAGGUCUCUACUGAAAGGAUCAUAAAGAGAAGUUUUUUUGCCGGGUACCAAGCCUUAGCUCAGAUAUGGAACCAUCCUGGUAUCUUGCAAUUGACAAAAGAAGACAGAGACUAUGUAAGGCGUGAAGUUGCUGUUGAGAAUUUCCUUGUGGAUGGCAGUUCUAGUGAUGAAAAUAUAGAUUAUAAUAUGGUUCUUGAAGAGAAGACGAAGAGUACAAAUGAUUAUCUUCACAGCAAGAAUGGCGGUGGCUUUUUGAAAGAGGAUUGGCACAAGUUCGACAGAUUGGACAAACUGGUGUCUUCAACACCCAUGAAUUUAUGCACUGAACAUGGAAACUGUCUGCAGUUCGGAAGUAAUCUGCACUUAUCACCCAUCAUGAAGUUCUCCAGGACGAAGAAGACGCGGCUCAUGAAGAAGAAGACGCCUACGGAUUGGUGGAAUGGUCUUCUUCAUGAAAAUAAUUUUAAAGAGCCUGAUUAUAGUGGCAAGAUGGUUUUGUUGCUUGAAAUCCUAACCAUGUCUUCUGGAAUGGAGGAUAAGGUAUUGGUCUUUAGCCAGAGCAUUCCAACCUUAGAUCUGAUAGAACUUUAUCUUUCAAGAUUACCCCGAGGUGGCAAAAGUGGGAAGCUUUGGAAGAAAGGAAAAGACUGGUAUAGGCUAGAUGGAAGAACUGAGAGCUCUGAGAGGCAAAAGCUGGUGGAGACGUUCAAUGAGCCAACGAAUAGGAGGGUGAAGUGCACUUUGAUUUCAACAAGAGCUGGAUCUUUGGGGAUUAAUCUUCAUGCCGCUAACCGCGUUGUUAUAGUUGAUGGCUCUUGGAAUCCAACAUAUGAUCUUCAGGCUAUAUAUCGGGCUUGGAGGUAUGGACAAAAAAAGCCAGUGUUUGCUUACCGACUGAUGGCCCAUGGAACUAUGGAAGAAAAAAUUUAUAAGCGCCAGGUGACAAAGGAGGGCCUGGCUGCAAGGGUGCUAGAUAGACAGCAGGUAGGAAGGACUAUUUCUAAAGAAGAGAUGUUGCAUCUCUUUGAGUUUGGUGAUGAUGAGAACCUGGACACUCUAACUGAUCUGGGCCAAGAGAAUGGUCAUACAAGGAACAACAAUAUGACCGGCCAACUUGGAAAAUCCCUUAAGCAGGCAAUACCUCUUUCUCAUGGAAGCUGCUCUUCAGACAAUAUAAUGGAAAGUUUGCUUGGAAAACAUUAUCCAAGUUGGAUUUUCAAUUGCCAUGAACACGAGACCCUUUUGCAAGAGAAUGAAGAAGAAAAACUAUCAAAAGAAGAGCAAGACAUGGCUUGGGAAGUAUAUCAGAGAACAUUAGAAUGGGAAGAAGUGCAGCGAGUUCCUCUAGAUGAAUCUGCACGUGAACAAAGGCCAGCUGUGUCAAGCAUGCCUCCUCCUGCAGCAGAGACUGCAACUGUCUCACAAUCCGAGAAGAGGAAUCACCAUUCGGUACAGCGGAAAUGCACCAACCUUUCGCACCUGCUGACUCUUAGAAGCCAGGGCACAAAAGUUGGUUGCAGUACAGUAUGUGGGGAAUGUGCCCAGGAGAUAAGCUGGGAGGACCUCAAUCGUGACAGCAGACUGGCGAGGUGAAGAAAGUCUGACGUCCUUUUUGUAGGCAUUGGUCCUGAAUUCCUGCCUGUAUACUGGGAUUUUUUUUUCCCUUUUGUUACGGUUUGUUUAUCCAUUGGACAUGGUUAGUGUAGGCAGAGGGGAAUUGGGGGUGUGAUUGUGCUGGUGGGAAUUUGGACGUUGUAAAUUUGAGCUGUAUUAAUAAUGAAAUUGGUAGUUAUAAUAGCCCGUUGCAUUGGUUAUGGUGGCU